AUGGCAGCAGGCGUAUGGAAACGACUGCCCUACUUGGGUCGGCUGUCGCUGCUGGGCGUGCUCCUCUGUCCCGGCUUCAACAUCGCCAUCCUAGUGACGUCCAACGGGGCUGAACAGUCCUGGUAUGCGCAGCCGUCAGUGCUGCUGGCCGUGUCCGCAGUCAAUUGCUUGCAGGAGACGCUUGACUGGGACUUUGGCAGCGCCCACCAGACCAAAGACAGGCAGCUGACGAACAACGCCUCGACCAAAGAAAUCGUAAAGAUGGAGGACGUGGAGCGCACCAUGUUCCAAACCAUCUGCAUGAGGCGGAUGAUAGAGAGUGCAGCGCUAGGGGAGGUAGUAUUGACCUCAUCACCAUCUGUAUCACUACUCUACACCAAGACUCAAAGCUACGAGCUGAGAUGUGAUCAGAGGAGGUUAUAUCACCUCAGAUUCUUCCGCUCUGCCCUUAUCUCAAUUCAAUUCGUAGUCACCAUGCUGGGUAUAGGAACCAUCAUGGCAGGCCUGACAGGCGCCCUCAGUUUCAACCUGCUGAGUCGACGCGCAGAACCCUCCGCGUUAAAUUCAACUACCCUCCCUCUCCAAGUCGACGCCCACCACCACUUCGUUCCGGACUUCUUCCGCAAAGCGUCCGCAAAGCCUACCUCUCCCUCACCUCCCCAGGCCAUCUUCACGCGCUACGGGCAGGAUAAUCACUACCUAGGCCACCCCGCUUUUCGGGAAUUCUGGAUUUCCCGUUCGAGACGACGCGGACGGCUGUGGAUAUGA